AGGCCCGCAACUGGUUGGCUGAUUAGCUCUGCCUGCAGCACCUGAGAGAUGGAACUUAAUUACCUGACCCUUGUAAAAGAGGGCAGCAGAAAACAGAGGAGGGGGACUGCAAUUCCCCCACAGAGCUGAGGGGCUGUGCUCCCAAUGGACUGCUACUGAACCGAGGAAUUGGUCCAGAAACAAAAUGAUGAGAAGGGAGACUCUGUGAAGUCCUUUAUUGCUGAGGCUCUGAGUUAAGGACUCUGAUCUGCAAGUAGUAAACGCCCUCAGCAGGAGCCUAAUAGAAGCACUUCUGAAAGACGCAGACGGCUCUUCUGUUUCACUUGAACAAGUUUAAAAAAAGAAGCAACCAUGGGAUGCAUUAAAAGCAAAGAGAACAAAGGUCCAACUAUGAAAUAUAGAACUGAUAGCCCUCCAGAACUUGUUAGUUCCCACAUCAGCCAUUAUGGAUCAGAUUCUCUCCAACCAACACAGUCGCCUGCAAUGAAGGGACCAUCAGUUAACUUUAACAGUCAUUCCAUGACUCCAUUUGGAGGACCUUCGGGGAUGACCCCCUUUGGAGGAGCCUCUUCCUCGUUUUCAGCUGUGCCAAGUCAAUAUCCUAAUAGUUUAACAGGUGGUGUAACUGUUUUUGUGGCCUUAUAUGAUUAUGAAGCUAGAACUACAGAUGAUCUUUCGUUUAAGAAGGGUGAACGGUUCCAGAUAAUAAACAACACGGAAGGAGACUGGUGGGAAGCAAGAUCCAUUGCGACAGGAAAGACUGGCUACAUCCCGAGCAAUUAUGUAGCUCCUGCAGACUCCAUUCAGGCAGAAGAAUGGUAUUUUGGUAAGAUGGGCAGAAAAGAUGCAGAGAGAUUACUUUUAAAUCCUGGGAACCAACGUGGUAUUUUCUUAGUACGAGAGAGUGAAACCACUAAAGGUGCUUAUUCCCUUUCUAUACGUGACUGGGAUGAGAUCAGAGGCGAUAAUGUGAAACACUACAAAAUCAGAAAACUUGACAGUGGUGGAUAUUAUAUCACAACUAGAGCCCAAUUUGAGACUCUACAGAAGCUGGUUAAACACUAUACAGAACAUGCUGAUGGCCUGUGUCAUAAACUAACGACUGUGUGUCCAACUGUGAAACCCCAGACCCAGGGACUAUCAAAAGAUGCCUGGGAAAUACCUAGAGAGUCUUUGCGGCUAGAAGUUAAGCUGGGCCAAGGAUGCUUUGGAGAAGUAUGGAUGGGAACUUGGAAUGGAACCACAAAAGUAGCAAUCAAAACACUAAAACCUGGUACAAUGAUGCCAGAAGCUUUCCUGCAGGAGGCUCAGAUCAUGAAGAAAUUACGACAUGAUAAACUUGUUCCGCUAUAUGCUGUUGUUUCUGAGGAGCCAAUCUUCAUAGUCACUGAAUUCAUGACAAAAGGUAGCUUACUAGAUUUCCUUAAAGAAGGAGAAGGGAAAUGCUUAAAACUUCCACAGUUAGUUGACAUGGCUGCUCAGAUUGCUGAUGGCAUGGCGUACAUUGAAAGAAUGAACUACAUCCACAGAGACCUUCGGGCAGCUAACAUUCUUGUAGGAGACAAUCUUGUGUGUAAAAUUGCAGAUUUUGGUUUAGCAAGGUUAAUAGAAGACAAUGAGUACACUGCCAGACAAGGAGCCAAAUUUCCAAUUAAAUGGACAGCUCCUGAGGCAGCAUUAUAUGGUCGGUUUACAAUCAAAUCUGAUGUGUGGUCAUUUGGAAUUUUGCUGACAGAACUGGUAACAAAGGGUAGAGUGCCAUAUCCAGGGAUGGUGAAUCGUGAAGUUCUGGAACAAGUAGAACGUGGGUAUAGGAUGCCUUGCCCACAGGGCUGUCCAGAGUCUCUCCAUGAAUUAAUGAAACUGUGUUGGAAGAAGGACCCUGAUGAAAGACCAACAUUUGAAUAUAUUCAGUCUUUCUUGGAAGAUUACUUCACUGCUACAGAACCACAGUACCAACCUGGAGACAAUUUAUAAGUCAACAACCUACAUAACAUGCACAAAUCUGCCAAAUGUAAAAGACUUUCAACGGGUUCCUCGCUUCUUUAAAGGAAUCAAAGGAAGGAAAAUCUUCACUCUGCAUGCUUUUAAUGGCAAACUGGAAUUCCACACUGCAGUUGCACAAAACCACUUUUAAACUGUUAUACCCUAAUUUACCAAUGAUGUGAUUUCCUCUCCCUUCCCCCCACCCCCCAAAAAAAUGAUUUCAGGGUCCAAAAGGAGUGUGCUGAAAUUACUCAGUGGUAAAGUGAGUGUUGGCAUGACAAUUACUAGCAAAAAAAAAAAGAAAACCCUAACAUUUUAAAUUAUUUACCUAGCAUUUAAUAAUACAUUCUAUUAAAGGGAGAAUUGUCUUCAAUUACACACGAGCUUGGGGUGGAAAAAAUUUUAAACAAAGGAACUUUAUGGGACCAAACAAUUCCAUUCCAGUUCUAUAAAAUUUCCUGUGUUCAGAAUUAGAUGAACUUUUUCCUUAAAGAUGGUACAGCCAUAUCUGAGAUACUGAUAGUAAUCUUCAGUUUAAGCUUCCUCUUGCAUGGACUUAAUUAGGAUAGACAAGGUUAAAACAGAAAUUUUAAACAGUGUAUGACAAACUUGAUUAAAUGCUAGACCUCAGUAGUGGAAUUGGAGAGAAUAAUGCACUGUGUUCAUAUUUCUAUUAAUGUAACUGGAAAGUAGCAUGAGAGAUUUUUCAUUUUUAUUUUUUUCUGCAUAGUUAAUAAUGAAGAUAACUAGAGAAUGAGGUAAUAUUUUAUAAAGUUGUGUUGAUAAAAUAUGAUAAAGUUUGAACUUGAAACCAUACAGUACAAUCAGAGGGAAAAUUCUCUAAUCUUUUAAGCUCCAAUCCUACAGUGAGCUCUGUGUAGGAAGACUACCUAAACAAAGCUCAUUGCAAGAUCAAGAUCUUAGCUGGUAAAUGGUCACCUUUAGACAGUACACAUCAAAACACAGAUUUGGUACUGUGAGAUGUGGCUAGUACGUAUUAACGGUGAUGGGUGCCACAAAUGUAAAAUGACACUAGUUCAGGGAUUUGAUUGCACUUUUGCUUUUCUUGACUAUAAAGACUCUUACACACAGAAUUAUUUAAGUGAGAAUAAAUAGAAGAAAAUGUGAAGGUUUAAAAAUUAGAGGGAUAAAGUAUAUUUAAUAUUGACAUCAUACAGUGAUGACAAACCUUUGCUGGCAUUCAGCUCAGCUCACACUGCAUCUACAAUAUUUUCUUCAACUACUGACAUAUUAAGCAAUAACUUCAUGUCCUCUGUUCAUCUGGUGGCAUGAAGUUUAGAAUUUCAAAUUAAGCUAACAUACUUUAAUUAUUAAACUAAAUGGUUUUCUCUAGUAUCAUGAUGAUGAUCAUACUAUCAGUGUAACACUAUCUGACAAAUGAAUUUCAUGCAAGUGGGCAAUAUAGUUCUGGUACUAAAAAUUGUUUUUCACAUGUUUACACUACAUUCUUCAUACUGAAUCUCUCCACUAAAUGGAACUUUGUAAGAACAGUGCCAUCAUUUUGCAUUUUCCCUUAUCUUCUAUACACAUGUGAUUAUCAAAUUUUAAAAGGGCUUUAUGUAAAAAACCAAGAACACUAUGGAAUUGUAAUUUUUUUCUAAAUAUUUUAAAAUGGGUAACACAAUCAUACAAGUUUAUGUACUAAUACAGUUACAAUAAAAAUGCCAGAAAAUGGUGCUGGCAUUAAUUGGAUUUUAAUGACUGAAUGGAACAAUUUUCCUUGUAAUAACAUUUGUAUAGUAAAGAAAUAAAACACUAACUUAAUGAGUUUGUUCAUUGUAAAUGGUUGUGUAUUAUAGAACUUCUCCAGAAAGAGUUUCUGUAUGUAUAUGAAAUUUUUAUUUUUAAUCGUCUUUCACCUCAAGACAUUGAUAUGGAUCUUACCCUAACAAGAAGUUCAAAGUUCACAUUACACUUUUUAUAUAAUAGUAAUAAGUUUAUAAAAAUACUUAAUUACAUAAUUAAAGUAUGGCAUUGUGGAA